AUGUCUUCUGAAGAAUCGACAGUCCUCGGUUUUCCGGAAUACCCGAAAUUUCAACGGAAUCAGCCACGCUUUCCGCAGGAGACGUUUCUUGGCAGAUACCUCCACUACCUUGAUGUCGUCGAUCCAAGAACCCUAUUAACCAGUGACAGCCGUCUAAAGGAAUGCGUGGAAUUAUUGAAAGCGUACGAUGCAGGGCAGAAGAAUGUCGCUUCGGAUAGGGAAUUGUGGGAGGCACAAAAGAUAAAAGGCGCCAUCUUGCACCCAGAUACGGGUGAAAAAGUGCUUCCCCCAUUCCGAAUGUCCGGUUACGUACCGUUUGGAUGGAUUACGGUAACUGGUAUGUUGUUGCCGAAUCCCUCGUGGCCGACACUUCUAUUCUGGCAAUGGAUCAAUCAGUCGCAUAAUGCCUGUGUCAAUUAUGCCAAUAGGAAUGCGUCGCAGCCGCAGCCCAUCUCGAAAUUUGUGGGAGCCUAUUUGGCUGCUGUCACAUCGGCUUGUUCUAUUGCUGGAGGCUUGACGUAUAUGAUCAAGAAGGCUGGAUCUCUGCCCCCAGCUACUCGCCUAAUUAUUCAACGUUUUGUCCCGCUGCCAGCCACUUCACUGGCCUCCACCUUGAAUGUUCUCUGCAUGAGGGGCAGUGAAAUGCAGACUGGAAUCGAGGUGUACGACCGUGAGGGUACGGUAAUUGGUGUGAGCAAGGUGGCUGCGAAACAGGCAGUGACAGACACGGCGCUAACCCGUGCCUUCCUCCCGGUCCCCCUCCUCGCCCUCCCCCCAUGCAUUAUGCCAUUUUUUGAGAAAUUCCGUUGGGUCCAAAAAUCAGCGACUCGCCAUCUCCUCGUCAACGCCAUCGUUUGCACAAUUUCGUUUGGAAUUUCGCUACCAAUCGCUUUGGCCCUGUUCCCGCAGGAAUCUACGAUAUCCGUCAACCAACUGGAGCCCGAAUUCCGCGAGAAAACCCGCGCCACCGAGCUGUACUACAAUAAGGGACUC